AUGACAAACUGUUCAUAUCUAUCUAUCUAUCUAUCUAUCUAUCUCAGUUUGUUCAUUAUCAAUAUAUCUCGCAAUGUUUAUCUAUCUCCGUCUGUUCUUCUAUCUGUCUGUCUAUCUAUCUAUCUAUCUCAUUCUGCUGUUCGUAUCUAUCUAUUAAAGUCUGUUCUUCAUCUAUCUAUCUAUCUAUCUAUCUAUCUAUCUAUCUAUCUAAGUCUAUUCAUAUCUAUCUAUCUAUCUAUCUAUCUAUCUAUCAAAGGCUGUUCGUGUCUAUCUAUCAAAGUUUGUUCUUUAUCUAUCUCUCUAUCUCUAUCUAUCUUUCAAUCUUUUUAUCUAUCUAUCUAUCUAUCUAUCUAUCUAUCUAUCUAUCUAUGUCUGUUCUUCAUCUAUAUCUAUCUAUCUAUCUAUCUAUCUAUCUAUCUAUCUAUCUAUCUAUCUAUCACAGGCUGUUCGUAUCUAUCUAUUAAAGUUUUUUCUUCAUCUCUCUCUCUCUCUCUCUCUCUCUCUAUCUAUCUAUCUAUCUAUCUAUCUAUCUAUCUCAGUCUGUUCGUAUCUAUCACAGGUUGUUUGUAUCUAUCUAUCUAUCUAUCUAUCUAUCUAUCUAUCUAUCUAUCUAUCUAUUAA